UGAUUUGGUGCCACCAUGAGUGGGGGAGUGAAUGUGAAGAGUCUUCCACGAGUCCAGCCGGGCUCCGGCAUUCCUCUGCAUAGGACCAGACUCCCCUCCCCGAAACCUGAGCCCAAGAGCACCAGUAGUGGCCUUCAGAUACUGUCCACACAUGUCCCCAUUAGCAACAAAGCCUCCUGUAGCAGCAACCCUACAGCUGUCUCCUCCAGAGAUGUGCUGAAGGACACCACACUCAGAAACCAGUUUCUGCUACUAAGAGGCAGUCCACCUAGUCAACGUUCUUCCACGAGUCCUCAAACUCAGACCCAAGACUCUAGAUCAGUCCAUAGCAGUCCUCAAGUUCGACGGAAAGAGUCCCCACUUUCGAGGGGUGCUCUGGAUGGGUCCAAGAGUUUGCUUGACCUUCGGUCCAAUGGCAACAAAAACUUUCAGAGUGGAAUCUUUCGUUCUCAUAUGGGAAGAAUGGAAAAUGAUAACAGUUUGAUCUCAGAAGAACUCAAAUGUAUCGAGGAGAGCACUGCUUCUGGAAGCAGUCACAGCAAGACAGGAAUCCCUUCAUUCAGAUUUAGUAACAAAAACUUGAGGCCUGGUCCAGCAGCCACUAAUGUAGAUAUGGGUCUCCUCAGAGUCUGUCGAGAGAGAGUGUCCCUGCAGAACAGUGCCUCUAGUAGUUUUUCAGAUGAGGAGAUGUGCACCCCAGAUGACCUCAGCCCGGAGGUCCCACAAAAACCACCACUCGUGACUACUGCAUUCCCGAAGCAGGAGACCUGUGUUGAGAUGCUCAAAGCCAAACAGUCACCUAAGGUCAAUAUGGCUGCUGUGGCACCUUUCAGAUACAGACUGCAGAUUCAGGAAGACAUAUCUCUGGAUGACUUCAGUGACUGUUCCUCUGACUCAAUAGAAGUCUGCUGUGAUGAUCUCAAUACUGAUCCCGAGUCCCAGAGGAAACGUACCGUUCAGAAUGUCCUCGACCUCCGGCAAAACCUGGAAGAUACCAUGUCCAGCUUACGGGGGUCGCAGAUCAGCCACAGCUGUAUUGAGAGCAGCAUGUGCUACGACAGCGAUGAGACUAACGCCCGCAGCAUCUCUAGCUUGUCCAACCGUUCCUCCCCUCUCUCCUGGCGCCAUGGCCAGUCCAGCCCUCGGCUGCAGGCUGGUGACGCCCCCUCCUCCGGGGUCACCGCCCACUCGCUGCCCAUCCGAACAUCAAUGCAGAUCAGCCACCUGCAGCACACCCAGCUCAUCGAGGGCCUGGGAGCUGAGGACGAUGACCUGGCUGACCUCAAGUCUGAUUAUCUCAGCGAUGGCAACCUGACGUGCAAGAGCCAGCCAGAAGAAGAUGAUGACGACGAUGAUGACAUUGUUGUAGACGCCAAUGAUGACGACCUAGCCAAUAGUUGGGAUGAAAGCAGCUCCAUCAGCAGUGGUUUGAGUGACGGUUCAGACAACCUCAGCGCAGAUGAGUUCAAUGCAGGCUCCGCCCUCAACUCCCUGCCAACAACUCCCAUUGGCUCUCGACGAAACUCUGCCAUUGUGCUUCGCACUGAUGCUGAGAAGCGCUCGCUGGUUGAAAGUGGCCUUUCCUGGUACAGCGAGGGGAAAGCUCAGUGCCGGAAUGAGGGAGGAUAUGACACGGGCAGCCUUAAGGCGGAGUCGUCCAGCAGGUGGAAAAAAGGCAGAUGUCAGGAUGACACUGGAGUCAAGGGUGAGCUGAGGAAACCGCAGACGCUUGGCCACCCACCCAGCAGACUGAAGAAGAGCCGUAACCCUCCUGUAGGCGUGACCUCCCCCAUCACGCACACCUCACAGAGCAUGCUCAAAGUGCCAGGAGUUCCAAAGAACAAUCAGCGAGUCAUGGACAAAGCUAAAAUGGCAGUGAACUCAUCAGGCUUACAGCGUUCCAGUUCGGAUGCAGGGAAAGAUCAUGGCGAGAACCGAAAACCUCCCUCCGGUGUUGUCCGUCCCUCCGGCGGCACGGUUAAUUCCUUCGGUUACAAGAAAUCUGGCACUGCCACUAUACUAACAAAUAGUGGAAACACCGUCUCCGAAAACUCUGCGAUUGUAAACAAAACUCCUAAAACCUCUGGUAUCCCAGUGAAACCCUCUGCCGGUGGGGUAGGUGGAGGACGAAAGACCAGUCUUGAUGUGUCGAACUGUGAUCAAAGUUUCAUGGCUCCGAAUGCACGCAACAACAUCCAGUAUCGUAGUCUCCCAAGACCUGCUAAGUCCAGCACCUUGAGUCUGAUGGGAGGACGGCCGGGUGCUCGUCCCGUCAGCAGCAACAUGGAUGUUGGCUUAAAAACAGUGCCCGUCCCGUCUAGACUGAAGGAACCAGGCAGUGUAAAGAGCUCCCAUCGGGCCAGUACAGGAGGGUGUGCUCCAGUCAACCAGACGGACCGGGAGAAGGAGAAGGCCAAAGCCAAGGCAGUGGUGUCAGAUUCUGAGUGUGGCGGAGGCGGCCAAAGAAACGGCACAUUGACACCAACACAGAGCACGCUGGAGCCUCCUUCCAAACUACUGGGACUUCGACAGCCAUCCAGCCUGGGCAAAUAUUCAGAGCUGCCCUCUCCCAACAGUCAGAGGCCCUCCAGUGCCAGAUCUCUGCCCAAACCUGCUCCCCUGGACAAGGUCAACUCCAACAGCCUGGAUUGUGGGAUAGUCAGCGUGGAGGACCAGCUUCCUCCCAAAGUGCCGCCCUUUUCCAAAUUACAAGAACUAUCAGGAAUUAGCAGAACAAGCUGUCUGACGCCCAGUCCGGCUCCCAUCCUCAACGUCAACUCCUCUGAGUGUUUCUCCAGUGCCAGCGCUGGCGGCUCUCCCUCGCUCUACCCCAGACUCUCAGGGCUGCACCGUAGCAUGGAGUCCUUGUCUCUGCAGAUGAGUGUGUCUCCAGCAGGGGGGAGCAUGACGGAGCACAGGCUCAGACAUGAGGACAGAGGGAAGGAUGGUGGCUGGUCGACAGGAAGCAGAGCCUCGCUCACGCUCACGACAGACAGCUCACAAAGGGACAGAAAUACUCUCCCAAAAAAAGGCUUAAGCCAGCACAGCUCCUCACAGGCUGAGGAGGACAGUAAAGAGAGACGUCACUCACACACUAUAGUGAGCCUGACUGAGACCAACAGUCCGCCACAGUUCCCUUCACCCAUACUGACAGGAAAGACAUCACUGACGAGCAUCAUAGCACCCAGCCCAACCUCAGGAACGCCGAGAAUGACCAGAUCCAACAGCAUCCCUGCUCACGAGGCCAGUUUUGAGCUGUAUCAGGGCUCUCCUCUGGGCAGCACCCUAUCGCUCGCCGAGCGACCCAAGAGCAUGAUCCGAUCCGGCUCCUUCAGAGACAGAGAAGCCAGUGAUGACGUUCAUGGCUCAGUGCUCUCACUGGUGUCUAAUGCCUCCUCCAGCUACUCCUCAGCAGAGGAGAGAAUACAGGGCGAGCAAAUCCGUAAGCUGAGGAGGGAGCUGGAGACUUCACAGGAUAUGGCCAAUCUGACCUCACAGCUGUCUGCUAAUGCUAACCUGGUGGCAGCGUUUGAGCAGAGUCUGACCCUCAUGACCUCUCGACUCCAGACCCUCUCCGUCAGCGCUGAGCAGAAGGACAGUGAAUUACUGGACCUUAGAGAAACAAUCGAGAACCUUAAGACCAGGAACAUGGAGGCGCAGGCCGUCAUCCAAGUGGCACUCAAUAACCCAGAUGUGGCCCCCAAAGAGUUGCAAAUCAGGAGGCAGAACUCAUCCGAGAGCAUCUCUAGUCUGAACAGCAUUACCAGCCACUCCAGUGUGGGCAGCUUGAAAGAUGACGCCAAGAAGAAGAAGAAAAAGAGCUGGUUACGAAGUUCUUUUGGCAAGGCGUUCAGCAUUAAGAAGGGCGCUAAAGAUGGCUCCAUGUACUCUGAUAUUGAAGAGAUCGCCACUCCAGACUCUUCUGCACCCAACUCACCAAAACUGGGUCAUGAAGAGGGAGAGAACCCACCCACUUCCCUCCCAUCCGGCCAAUCAGCCAGCUCCUCUGUGAUCCAUGAAAGUAACGAGGAAAACGAGGGCGAUGAGAAGAUGGUGUCAGAGCUGCGGUCUGAGCUGUGGGAGAAAGAGAUGAAACUGACGGACAUCCGGCUAGAAGCGCUGAGCUCAGCACAUCAGCUGGAGCAGCUACGAGAAGCCAUGAACAACAUGCAGAGGAUGGUGGAGAGUCUGAAGGCAGAGAAUGAUCAGCUGAAAACAGGAAGUGCUCCAUCAUCCCUUGUUCUCCCUUGCUGCCCACCUUCUACUUCCACCUCCCAGCCGUCUGGUCUGGCCAGCCUCCUGAACUCAAACCAAACCAAACCACCCAUGAGCCUCACCAAGUCCUUCAGCCUCAGCCUCAAUGAGUGCUCCAACACUGACGUUGCUCCUAUGGAGUUCCUGAGCCUGUCAUCUCAGAGGGACGAAGCCUUAACACGUGUGGUGGUCCGUAUAGCUGACCAGCAAGUGUCCAUGGAGCAGGUGAGGCAGCAGGAUUUCUACAUUGGCUCUGUUAGGAUUCAUGGGAAAACUGAGUGGUCUGUGUUGGACAUGGACAUCUCCACGGCUUUCGUGAACUAUAUUUCGCAGGUGGAUCCCAGUGCGAGUAUGGGACUGUCUGUCGACUCUAUCCACAGUUACAGUAUUAAUCAGAGCAGGAGGGUGCUUGGAGCCGAAGCCCCAGAAAGUUCACCCUGUGACUCUUUAAAAAAGGGUCCUGGACUCAUCACUGUCACCCUUAAAGGUUUUAAGGAGAAGUGUGUGGACAGUCUGGUAUUUGAGACUCUAGUCCCCAAGCCCAUGAUGCAACACUACAUAAGUCUGCUUCUGAAGCACCGACGGCUGGUCCUGUCGGGCCCCAGCGGCACGGGGAAGACCUACCUCACCACCCGACUGGCUGAGUACCUGCUGGAGAGGAGCGGCCGUGACCCAGGCCCUGGCCUUAUCACCACCUUCAACCUGCACCAACAAACCUGCAAGGACCUCCAGUUGUACCUGUCUAAUCUGGCCAAUCAGAUUGACCGUGACUGUGGCGCUGAGGACAUUCCAUUGGUCAUUAUCUUGGAUGAUAUCAGUGAUGCGUCUUCCAUCACUGACCUGGUCAAUAGUGCACUGACCUGCAAAUAUCACAAAUGUCCAUAUGUCAUUGGAACCACCAAUCAGUCUGUUAAGAUGUCAUCCAAUCAUGGCCUGCAUCUCAGCUUCAGGAUGGUCACCUUCUCCAACAACGUGGAGCCUGCAAAUGGUUUCCUAGUGCGUUACUUGCACAGGAAGUUGAUCGAGGCGGAGGAUGAAAGCACAGUUCACAGUGUUGAGGUGCUGAGGGUUCUGGACUGGGUGCCUAAACUCUGGUAUCAUCUCCAUACCUUCCUGGAGAAACACUGCACCUCAGACUUCCUCAUAGGUCCCUGCUUCUUCCUGUCUUGUCCAGUAACGUUAGCAGAGUUUCGCUCCUGGUUUAUUGACCUCUGGAACCAGUCCAUUAUUUCUUACCUUCAGGAGGGAGCUAAGGAUGGUGUGAAGGUCCAUGGUCAGAAAGCAGCAUGGGAGGAUCCAGUGGAGUGGGUGAGGGAUACACUGCCCUGGCCUUCAGCUCAACAGGACCAGGCCAAACUCUUUCACCUCCCUCCGCCAACCACCGGCUCCAACACUGCUCCAACACAGCAGCCCACAGACAACAGGGUCACAUCCAAUAAGGACAACUCUCUGCCCACAAUGGAGUCUGAUCCACUGAUGGCGAUUCUGUUGAAACUCCAGGAAUCUGCCAACUACAUCGAAUCACCCGAACAGGACAUUUCUGGCAACCCCACUUUCUAGGCUGAGCUAAAAGACUUGAGAGCUUACUAAUGGCUAGGGCUGUUACAAAACACUGUUCUGUACAGCUAAAAUGCACCUCCUGUCUCCUUUGAAAGGUUUGUGAGAGUCGAGAAGAGGAACUGUCAAGAACAUCCAUGUCAAGAAGUCUGAAAGAAAAACGAAAGAACUGAUCCUGCCAGAUCUGAGCGAGAAUCUUUUUUGCACUGUUGUCUUAACCAGACCUUCCUUUGUUUAUCUAACCUGCAAGUUGCAUGGUAAUACUUGCAACUGGGGAUUGUAAAGAUUGGAUGAUUGUGAAGAUGAAAUGUUUUUGUCUAUCAUACUGGGAACAUAAUUUGCUACACAUUUGUUUGAUAUUACUUUUGUUUUGGGUAAUAUCUGACCAUAUGGACCAAUAAUCUAUUUAUUCUUGUUUGCAAAAGAUCUGACACUCCAUCCUCAAGAUCAAGUUGCCUGAACCAUGUACACAAAGGUGCGGUUACAUUUAGACCAACUCACAUGUAUGCAAAACGUACCGAACAAGAUGGUGCUCAGAAUUCAGCCUUAAACGAUGUCCCUCCAUAUAUCAUGAAGUCAGUCCCAUAGCAAUCUGAGUCUUACUCUAUUUUACCUCACAGUUUGCAUAGUGAUGCAGUUUUAAGGUGCACUACAUACCCAUAACCUGGUCGCAUUCAUUCCUAUCAAACACACAGCCUUCAGACAGAUGUAGACUGUAGAUCUCUGAUAGGAUGCACUUUGAUUCUUAGCUUUCAAUCAAGAGCACUGACUGGUUGUUCGAGAUUCGUAGGUUGUUCGCUCCAAUGGUGAGUUACACCAACAAAGCAACCAAAAGUAAUUUGUUUUCAAUGACAGUUUGGGGCGACAUGAGCGAUAGAGACUGUCGGGGAUCGACAAAGUUCAGUUAUAUGCAAAUGUCUACCAAUGGGAGAACAGAAAAUGAAGCUCAUGUGAUCUGCUGCCUGAUAUUGUUGGUCUCAAUUAAGGUGGCACUUGGAGAUGCAGCAAAGCUGAGCAUGACUGCAGUAGUGCUCAUAUGAUGCACCGCCUGAUACAGUCAGAGGGCGACCUCUGUCAAUUUAAUCGUUGUCAGUAAUAACAGAGGUGCUGUUACCGGAGCAAGAGAACAGUAUGCAACAUGUUACUUUCAGUACUUAUUCAUGUGCGUCCAGUGCAUUUGAUCUUAUCAAGAUAAUCAAAAGCUUUGUUCUCACUGACAACCCAAUUACACUUGGCUUUGUGCUGUAGCAUUAAUGUAGCAGCUAAUGAAGGCACUGUUUCCACCUGGUAUUAACAUGCAUUUCAAAUGCAUCUAAUGCAACCUUUUGUGAUUGGAUUUUGUUGAGCAAUUCCCAUUUAAUUUUGGGAUACUCAACAUCUCUGUUGUGUUAGUUGAGGGUGGGUGGCAUCUAAGCAUCCAGGACAAAUAGGAAUUUACAUUGUAAAUGUGAUGUGGUCACAUGCAUUUUUGACUACCUCCAUUUGUGAGUUUAGUGAUUUGAUCACAGUUUUAGACCCUGUUUACACCUGUAUUUAGUACUGGACACUUGUGAUCGGAUCACCAAAAACAUGUUAAAACAAGGUGGAAACAGAGCUGUAAAUAUACUGGAUAUUGACUCCACUGGCUGAACAAAUGAAGCUAAUUUGAGCUCCUGCCAAAUAAGAUGCUGUUAGACUGGGUUUGAAAACAGAUCAGGAUUGUUAGCAGUGUGAACAAAGCCAAAAUGGUUUAAACAAUUUAUGUCUGGAAGAGAUUUAGUAAUUUGUUUUUGGCCCUUUAUUAAGUCUAGAGGUUCAAAGCAAAAUCACAUCAGUGUUAGCUUACAGUUUUACAGCACUUAUGUCCUUUGAUAUUCUGUAACAAUGUAGCCAGUUUUGGAAUUAACAUUGAUUAUGUUUAUGUUUAUGGACAUUUUAAGUCCCAGGAUGACCCCGUAUCAGGGUCAAACUCUCCAAUCCUUCCAGUAACAAUUGUAAUACUGACAGAAUAUCUUAAUCAAUUCACAUAAAAAAAUAGCAAUGAUGGAAUGUAACUCAUGAAUGCAUUUGCUAUUGGCUGAUCACAGGUGCUCCAGAACUGUAUGUGCAUGAAAGCUUUAACUCUGAGGAAAAUUAGCUAAAAAUGCACCUUAUCAUGAGAUGCCAAAGGAUGUGUUGGCAACCAGUCUACAAGAGCAAAGUGAUCUUUUACCUUAAUUACCAAACUGAAACUAAAUGUCUCAUGUACUAACCUGUUAGUACUAACACUAUAGCAAUGUCAGAUGAAACUGUGCCGUUGUAGUCUCAGAAUGUAAAUUGGAU